CUCGAAGUGGUAUCAACCAUGGCUCACAUGGCAUGCGGCAAACCUUAACAAACCCAAAUCAGGGACACUUGACUCUUCGUGCACUGGGACAACCUGCCCCCAACUAUGACGGAUGUUUUUAAAGCACAUCGACUUGACAACCGCUCUGCGGCCUGCGUACCUUCCCGAUGAAGAUCUCCUCUUUGUCCAAGACAAUGUGGGGUUGUAUGAGGGGAAGUACAAGUUGCCUAAUCAUCAGAAUGGCCAAGUCUACUUGACGUCGCACCGGAUAUGCUAUGUAGACAAGGCUGAGCCGAGGAAGUAUUCGGUUGCCCUGGAUCUCAAGGACGUGGAACGCUUUGAGUUCUAUGGUGGGUUUCUCAAGUCCUCGGCCAAGAUCACUCUGGUCCCAAAAUCGACGAAGCGCGUGUCUCUCCAGCCACGGUCUCCUGGUCUCGCCGCCAGCCCGUCACGGAGUAGUACGUCCUCACCCGCUCAGCACCAAGACGGUCCGCCUCGAGUGUCCCCCGUAAAGCCACCACCCACAAGUACAGCGACAUGGGUCUGUACUAUCUGCAGCUUCUCAAACCCGGUUCCUUCCAACUUCGAUCCCACAACUGCUACUGUGCACACACCCCUCGCCCCGUGUCUGGCAUGCGGUAUCAAGCCUACGUUGACCCAUGUCCUGAAGGCAACGAUAUCCAAUGCCGCCAGCAGGCAGCCCGGCAGUCCGGCACUGCAGAGCCCACUGCCGGUGCGGCCGAGGCCAGCCACGGAUGUUUCGCUUGGGCCGGACCAAACUCGGGAUCCAUCGCCCAGAAACUCCGAUCCAGAUGCAUCGUUCCAAUGCCCUCGCUGUACCUUCCUCAACCACCCUUCCCUUUUGUCUUGUGAGAUGUGCGGCGGACCGUUAAUCUCACACGACCUGCCGGCCGAACUCGCACCGCAAGCCAGAACCCACACAGAGUCACCCGGGCCCGUUCUCAACGCUUUGAGCCCCGUCCCUUUUCGGAUAGAGAGUCCUGACAGCAUCAAACUUUCUUUUCGCGGCGGCGGCGAGAAGAUCUUCUACGAAAGGCUCAAAUCAUCCAUGAGCCAGCGCAAAUGGCUUCUCCAGAGCGCUCCCCCCAUCCCCAAAGCCUCCCGACCAACGAGCGACGCCCACCUCAACAGCCCAACCACCACCGGCCCAGUAACGACCUCAUCCACCUCCACCGCCGUCGUCCGCCCCAAGCUCGGGGGCAUCGCCGGCCUCGAGCAUCACAGUCAAGCCAUGCGCAAAAACAACGAACUCGUAAUCGGCACGGCGUUUGAGGACCUCGAAGCGCUGAUGGCCUCAGCCAAGGAGAUUGUCGCGCUCGCCGAGACGUUCGCGCGCCAAGUGAAGGGUGCGUCUGGCACCUCGACGGCGAGCGAGAAUGCGCUGCUCGCCGACUCGCUCAGCCAGCUGGGCCUGAUCGCGACCAAGGACAUCGUCGGGAGCAGCAGCUCGGCCGGCGGGAGCGAUUCGUUGUACCUCUCGGAACUGUCGCGCACGCUGGCUGAGUUCUUGACGGACGACCGGCGGGGCGUGCUCAAGAAGGCGGGCGGCAUCAUGAGCUUGGUGGACUUGUGGGCCGUGUUCAAUCGCGCGCGGGGCGGCGUCGAGCUCGUCAGCCCGGCCGACUUCGACAAGGCGGCGCAGCUAUGGGAGAAGCUCGGCCUGCCGGUGCGGCUGCGAACGUUCAAGUCGGGCGUCAAGGUGGUUCAGAGCCAGGACAGGACGGACGAGACGACCAUGAAGGCGCUGCUUGGAUGGCUCAGGGAUUUGCACAAGUCCCCGCCGGAGCGGGAGGUGCCGUGGGACUGGAGUAGGUUCGGGCGCGGGGUGACGGCGAGGGAUGCUGCCGAGAGGUUUGGAUGGAGUAUUGGUGUUGCCGAAGAAGAGCUAGAGAUGGCCGAGGAGCGGGGCAUCUUGUGUCGCGAAGAGGGUAUUGAGGGAUUGAAGUUCUGGGAGAACUUUAUUGACACUGGCGAAGGGAAGGGAUACAAAGCUCCGCCGACGGAACCUGAUAUCAUCGAGGUGUUGACGGAGGCUGGGUUUCUUUGAACUAGCACAGCGUUCACUAGGCUGGUUGUUGCGGAUUAGAGAGGCAUAAAGGUCUGCAGGCACAUGGAGCACCCUGGGCUUGUUAAUUUGAGUGGUGAUAUACAAAAACAAUCAUCUUUUC